AUGGAGCGCUCAGAGGACGGCGGCUCGUCCGCGCAGAGCCCGCUGUGGAGGCAGCUCCAGGCCCGGGCCAAGCCGCUGCUCAGCCCGCGGCCGGGAGCGCGGGAGCCGGGCGAGCGCAGGGAGCGCGGCGGCAUGUGGGGGUUCCGGAGGAGGAGGCGCCGGGAGCCCUCCGCCCUGGACCGGGUCCUGUCCUCCUCCCAGCCCGACCUGCUCUUCUCCGCUCCGCGGGACGCGGAGGCGGAGGAGGCGGGGAAGGAGGCGGCGGCGGCCGGCUCCCGGGGCUGCGGAGCCCCCGUCCCCGCCCGGGACCAGCAGCGGACCUCCGGCAGACUCGGGACCUCCAGCCCGGACAAGCCCACGGUGGCGGCGCUGCUGCAGUCCCACCACAAGAGCUCCUCCCUGGGCUCCGCCUGCCUGGAGCGGCUGCUGGAGCCUCCGGGAGCCUCCGGCUGGAGCAGCGGCUCCUCCGGCAGGGGCGACGCGGCGGCGGGAGGAGCCGCGGGAGGCGGGGAGCCCCAGCGGGAGCCCCAGCGGGAGCCCCGGCCGGACCAGGGUGUGGUUCCGCCGGGUUCUGCUCUUCCCUCUUCUGGACUCUACAAACUGGAUCUGGAGCUGAAGAGAGGAACCAACCUGGCAGCGAGAGACCGAGGAGGGACCAGCGAUCCCUACGUGAAGUUCAAGCUGGGCCGUAAAGAAGUCUUCAGAAGUAAAAUCAUCCACAAGAACCUGAAUCCAGUCUGGGAGGAGAAGACCACUGUGGUCCUGGACAGUCUGAGAGAGCCGCUGUAUGUCAAGGUGUUUGACUACGACUUCGCUCGGCAGGACGACUUCAUGGGUUCGGCGUUUCUUCACUUGGAGUCUCUGGAGCAGCAGAGGACCAUCCCGGUGACCCUGGUCCUGAAUGACCCCCAGCACCCGGACCAGGACCUGGGCACCCUGGAGCUGGCCGUCACCCUCACACCGAAAGACAGUCCUGUGGAGGAGCGGCGAGACUCCACGACCAUGCUGCUCAGGAGGUCCUGGAAACGAUCCACUAAGCAGCAGUCCCUCCGCCUCUCCGAGCUCCACCGUAAGUCCCAGCUGUGGCGCGGCGUCGUCAGCAUCGCGCUGAUCGAGGGUCGAGACCUGAUCCCCAUGGACCCCAACGGUCUGAGCGACCCCUACGCCAAGUUCCGGCUCGGUCCGCAGAAGUACCGAAGCAAGACGGUGCCUAAGACGCUGAGUCCUCAGUGGAGGGAGCAGUUCGACCUCCAUCUGUACGAGGAGACGGGCGGAGUUCUGGAGAUCACAGUGUGGGACCGAGACACGGGGAGGAGGGACGACUUCAUGGGACGGUGCCAGUUGGACCUCUCGGCGCUGUCCAGGGAGCGGACGCACCGCCUGGAGCUGCCCCUGGAGGAGUCCCGGGGCCUGCUGGUGCUCCUGGUCACUCUGACCGCCUCGGCCACCGUCUCCAUCGCCGACCUGCCGCUGACGCCGCUGGACGACCCCCGGGAGCGCCGGGAGAUCCUGACGCGAUACAGUGCCUGGAGGUCCUUCAGCAACCUGAAGGACGUCGGCAUCGUGCAGGUGAAGGUGACCCGGGCCCAGGGACUCAUGGCUGCCGACGUCACAGGUAAAAGCGACCCGUUCUGUGUGUUGGAGCUGGUGAACGACCGCCUGCAGACUCACACGGUCUACAAGAACCUGAACCCGGAGUGGAACAAAGUCUUCACUUUUAACCUGAAAGACGUCCACUCGGUUCUGGAGGUCACCGUGUUCGACGAAGACCGAGACCGAAGCGCCGACUUCCUGGGAAAAGUGGCGGUUCCUCUACUGAGUGUGCGGAACGGCGAGCUGAAGGCCUACGUGCUGAAGAACAAAGAGCUGACGGCUCCGACCAAAGGCGUUCUGUUCCUGGAGAUCGAGGUCGUCUACAACACGCUGAAAGCAGCUUUGAGAACCGUCGUUCCCCCGGAGCAGAAAUACAUCGAAGAAGAGCCGAAGGUCUCCAAGCAGCUGCUUCAGCAGAACUUCAACCGAGUGAAGAGGUGCAUCAUGGUCCUGCUGAGCUACGGGAGCUACGUCAACAGCUGCUUCGAGUGGGAGUCUACUCAGAGGAGCAUCGUGUCCUUCGUGCUCUUCGUGGUGGUGGUCUGGAACUUCCAGCUCUACAUGGUUCUGGCUCUGGUGCUGCUCGUCUGGAACUUCUUCUUCUGCUGCGGCAGAGACGCAGUGGACACGUCCAUGGAGGCCAUGUUUGAGUGGGAGGACGAGGACGAGGACAAAGAGGACAAGGACUCGGACCACCGGGGCUUCAUGGACAGACUCUACGCCAUCCAGGACGUCUUCCUCAGUGUCCAGAACGCACUGGACGAGGCAGCGUCCUACGCAGAGCGCCUGAAGAACACGGUGAACUGGACCGUCCCGUUCCUCAGCUGGUUGGCCGUCGCUGCCUUAUGUUUGGCCACGUUUCUUCUCUACCUCGUCCCUCUGCGGUACCUGGUGCUGGCCUGGGGUGUGAAUAAAUUCACCAAGAAGCUUCGGGAUCCGUACCUGAUCGACAACAACGAGCUUCUGGACUUCCUCUCCAGGGUGCCGUCAGACGUCCAGGUGAUGCAGUACCGGGAGCUGAGGGUCGACCCGGGUCAGAGUCCACGCAAGCGCCGGAGGAGACAAACCUGAGUUAACGUCUCGGUGUACUGGACUGGAGACAGAACGCUUCAGGACUGAAGAUCGAGCGAAACCCGACACCACCAGAAACCGACACCGCCAGAAACCCGACACGCACAGAAACCGACACUCUGUUCUGUUACAGCAGAGAAUUUAUCUUCUCAAUCGUGUACAAUACCCGUCGGUCCUGCUGGUCCCGCUGCGUCCCCGCUGGUCCCUGCUGGUCCCUGCUGGUUCCUGCUGGUCCCUGCUGGUCCCUGCUGGUCCCUGCUGGUCCCUGCUGGUUCCU